CAAAGAGACAAACUCCAUUUUCUUAUGAAUGGAAAGUGAAAAGCCCCGGGCCUCUUAAACUGGGUCCUGAGAAAGAGAGAAAGGGAGAGCCCCCAAAAGGCAGGCCGAAGGAAGAGAGAAAGAGCGAGAGGGAGAGAGGGAGAGGGAGCGCAAGAAAGAGCGAGCGAGCGAGCAAGACAGAAAGAGAGGGAGAGAGAGAGCCACCCAAGGCAGCAGCGAGCAAUGACCAUGACCACCAUGCCAGAGAGCCUUAAUAGCCCUGUCUCAGGCAAGGCCGUCUUUAUGGAGUUUGGGCCGCCCGGGCAGCAAAUGCCUCCUUCGCCCAUGUCCCACGGACACUAUUCCAUGCACUGUUUACACUCGGCCGGCCACUCGCAGCCGGACAGCUCCUACAGCACAGCUUCGUCCUUCUCCAGACCGCUGGGCUACCCCUAUGUCAACUCGGUCAGCAGCCACUCGGCCAACCCCUACAUGAGUUCAGUGCAAUCCUAUCCCAACAGCACCAGCCUGACUCAGAGCCGGUUAGAGGAGACAGGGACCGAGACGGAGAAAAGCACCGUGGUGGAGGGAGGCGAAGUGCGCUUUAACGGCAAAGGCAAGAAAAUCCGCAAGCCCCGGACUAUUUACUCCAGUUUGCAGCUGCAGGCUUUGAACCGGCGGUUCCAGCAGACCCAGUACCUGGCUUUGCCCGAGAGAGCCGAGCUCGCCGCCUCUUUGGGGCUUACCCAGACCCAGGUCAAGAUCUGGUUCCAGAACAAGCGCUCCAAAUUCAAGAAGCUGAUGAAGCAAGGCGGCGCAGCUUUGGAGACCAGCGCUCUGGCCAACGGCAGGUCCCUGUCGGCCAGCUCCCCGCCAGUGCCCCCAGUCUGGAACACCACCACAUCGUCGGGUAAGAGCUCCACCGGGACCCCGGGCACCUACAUCCCCAGCUACACAUCUUGGUAUCCUUCGGCCCACCAAGAAACUAUGCAGCAGCCGCAGCUGAUGUGAUGGGCUAGCUGUUGCGGGGGGGAGGGGUCGUUUGGUUUUUUUGGUUGGUUGGUUUGUCUUUUGAGGGGUUGGUUUGGGGGUGUUUUUUUUUUUUUUUUUUUUUGCUUCUGCUUCGAAAUUUGACUACGUGGAACCGAUCAGCCGGUCGCCCCGUCGGCCACCCGGAGCCAAACUCAAAGCAAACUCUGUGGGGCUGGGGAAAUCGCGCCCACGAACCGAGGCAGCCUCUUCCAGGGCGAAGGGGACGAGGCGUCGAAAAGGCCGGGAGAGGAAAGGGAUCGCCUUCUCGGUCGAGGGAGUCUCUGAAAGCGUCGCUGAGCGCCGGGCGAGACAAGCACAGAUGCGAGGCGGGGCUGGUUCCCACUGCAGACAGCUGACGCGGCAGCCACCGCUCACUCCCAGACCAGCCGGACAACAGCCUGUCAGCAGCACUACUUGACCCGACCCUCGGCUUGGUUGGACAAUCAGGAAAAAAAAAAAAAGAAAGAAAAGGGGGGGGAAAUCUGCUUGUACGAGGGGGGGAAACCACACACAUACAAGCUGUGUCCUCUGUCUUGUCUGUCUGUCUGUCUGUCGUGUUUGUCCUGACGAAAUGUAGGUCAUUUCCUUCAUCCCCAGCUUUUCGGGGGUUGGCUUCCGAAAAGGAACACAAUUCUAUUUUUGUUAAUGUUGAUUUUUUUUGGGGGGGGGUAUUGCUCUUUGCCAUUUCCCCCCUCCGUAUCAUUGUAGUCUACGGUGUACAGGUCCCCCCCUUUGUUUUAGGGGAAAGGGGGAUGUUUAAAUUAUUCUUAUUUAUUGACUUAAAUUACCACUAUGAGAGUGCUAAACUUUUGUUUUGUUUUGUUUUUUUAAAUAAACCUACGGGCAAAUCUGGUUUGCAGAAGUGA